CUCCUUCUGCUUGGGAACCAGGUAUCCUCUCCCACGGGUGAACCUCCGGCCCCAAGCCAUGUCCUGCUGCAAGCCCUGUGAGCCUUGCUGCCAGCCCUGUGGCCCAACCCCGCUGGCCAACAGCUGCAAUGAGCCCUGCUGCAGGCAGUGCCAGAGCUCCACCGUUGUCAUUGAGCCCUCCCCCGUGGUGGUGACCCUGCCUGGACCCAUCCUCAGCUCCUUCCCACAGAACACCGUUGUGGGCUCCUCCACCUCUGCUGCUGUCGGCAGCAUCCUCAGCUGUGAUGGAGUGCCCAUCAGCUCUGGGGGCUUUGACCUCUCCUGCAUCACCAACCGCUACUGCUGCAGGCCCUGCUAGAGCUGCUGGCAGGAUCUCUGCACAAGAACAUCCAAGACCUCAAAACAUGGUGCUGAACAGAAGACAGAGCUU